CAGGCGGGAGUGCGUGUCGCGACGGAUCCCGUCCGGUGUACCCGGGAAUUUGUUUUUAAAUAUUUUUAAAUAAUUCCGAACAAUGAAUUAUCAAAGCAAAGGCAAUAAAUAUGUGUGUCCGAACGAUCGACAACUUUCAUUACGUGCUAAGCUUCGCACUGGGUGGAGCGCUGCCCGCAGCGAGCCCCCGCUGACGACCGCGGAACGAGAGGCCAUUGCAGCUGUUGUUAAGCGAGCUGAGAAGGUGGAGGAAACCGAGGCUCGAAGGAUCGGCCGACUUGUAGCGCGACUUGAAGGUAUGCGCCGAUCAGCGCAAGGGCCAGCGCCCAGAAGUUGCGUUCUGUGCGGCGAGACCCCACGUCUCCUGGCGCCCCUACGAAUCUGCUUCAUGUGUAGGAACGCGGCCUGCCCGAAGUGUGUUAUCGACACUCCGCCUCAUAAAUCUCCAAUAUAUGCGCGUGAGCAAUACAUGUGCAAUCUGUGCGCUGAAACGCGGGAGAUGUGGAAGAAAUCCGGCGCUUGGUUCUUCAAGUCCCUUCCUAAGUACAUUCUGCCGGAGAGGAAGACGAAAUACAACGACACCGAGUUCUCUAGGUCAUUGCAGGAAGCUGGCAAUAGCAGCAACGAGGGUAAAACGGACUCGGAGCCCAGUUCGCCGCUAAGCUUACACGCGCCAUCUUUCUCCAGACAACCCAGUAAUACGGAUAGCAGGAAAUCUGUCAGCAUAUCACAGGACAGUCACCACGACUGGAGCGAAACAGAGAUGCUUACGCACGGUGUAAGUGGACUCAGCCUGCAUAGGACGGACAGUGUUACCCAAAGAUCAAUGGGUCUAAAACGCACUGGAAGUAAAGGUAGUGCUUACAGUCUCCGAAGUGUCAGAAAGGACUCCAAGCCCACGAACCAAGUGGAAAAGCCACCGGUUAUUCCUGACGCGGGUUUUGGGACUUUGGAGAUAAAAUUAGCCUACGACAAUGGGACUUCAUCGUUGGCUGUGACGGUUUUACGCGCUAGGGGCCUGAUUGGUAUGGACAUGACAGGUCUGUCUGAUCCAUUCUGUAGAUUGGAAAUUUUGCCGAUAGAAGGGACGUAUUCAAAUAGAUUGCGAACAAAAACAGUGCACAAGACGAAACAUCCGGAGUUCAACGAAACUCUACACUUUUUCGGGAUCACUGAGUCAGAUUUGGGUACGAAAUCCCUGGAAAUCGUCGUGUUUGAUGAUGACAGAUACGGAUGUGACGAAAUGGGUUCAGCGACAGUAUCUCUCCGCGAAUGUAUCAAAUCGCCAGCUCAGCUGCGUCUUGCUCUCUCUGGAGCGUCUAAUACUGAACCAACAGGACCUAGGCUGCUUCUAGCCCUAUGCUAUAGCACUAAGCGAAGAGCACUGGCUGUCACCGUGUGUAGGGCUGCGGAAUUGCCGCCGCAAGAUAGCAAUGGAUACUCGGAUCCGUUUGUGAAAUUACACCUCGACCCGGAUCCAUACCAUAAAAAGCAUAAAACAUCAAUCAAGUGGCGAAACUUGAAUCCCGUUUGGAAUGAGGGUUUCUUCUUCGAGACGCGCUUGACAGAACUUUCGCGCCAAAACUUGACAUUGACAGUUUGGGAUAAAGACUACGGAAAACCGAAUGACUUUCUUGGCAGUCUUGUAUUGGGUUCGAGCAGUAAAGGGCGGAGGUUAAAACAUUGGAUGGAUUGCAUAAAGUUCCCGGACCAUCGACAUGAACAGUGGCAUUCUUUGACUGAUACACAACACAUUUAAGUAUGUACAGAUAAAAAAAUUAGAUGACGACGGUUAGGUAGCUGUGGUAAUGGAUGAAACAGUACAUAUUACUUAAAUAAUUAUGUUUAUCAGCAUAUUUAAAAUGUAUCAACGCUUUUAAAUAUAUAUGGGGGUAUCAUUUUACCUAGUAAAUGAAACGAAAGAUCUUUAUUAUAUAUAUUCAUAUAGAUUUACAUGCCUAGUAUGUAUGUAAAUAUUACUUCUUACUAUAAAUAUGUGGUACUGUAUACUCAAAAUUUGUCUAAAUUUAUCUGUGGAUUAUUGUAUUAAUAAUUAUCAAUCAAAUCAAAAACAUUGUUAUCAAUUUUUUUCUGUUCUUUUAUAACGAUCAUGUUGGUUCCAACCGAAUUUGAAGUGUGAAUAUGCCAAAAUAGAUUUUAUAAAAGCUUACUCUAUGAAGCACAAAUAUUUUUAUACAAAAUUAUGAUAUAUUAUAUAUUUAUUGAAUAUAAAUUGUGCCA